GUAGUAGGAAGUGGUGUGGAUUGAACACGCCAGUGCGGGAGGUUAAAGGGGACUGUAGGAUGUUUUAAUAUCCUUCAGAAUAAAUCGUCUUGAUAGCACAUCUCCAUAUAUCACUGCUUGUUAAACAGAAGGAAGAAACUUCACUGAAGGAAAGAUGUCACCAGAUGAAUUAGUCUACCUAGGAAUCCUUGCUGCAUCAAUACCUGUAGGAUUCCUCUUCCGCUACCUAAGUCCUCCGGUCAAGCAGGGGGCAGCAUUGCUGUUGGGUUUGAUCGUCUCGAUAGCAACCUGUGGCAUCCACACUCUACACUCUCUAUGUACAGUGUUAGGAACAUGGCUGAUUAUAAAGAUCAACUGGCGAAGUGCCCCUGCUCUGUCUUUGGGUUGGACGUUCCUGUACCUCCUCUUUUUCCGUCUGGUCACCUGGUUUGGUCUUCCUCAACCAACACCUUUUGCCAAUGCCAUUCAACUUCUUUUAACUUUAAAGAUGGUCAGUUUAGCCAAUGAGAUUCAAAGUUAUCACUUGGAAAAGAAAAAGGAAGUGAGCACCUUCUCCAAAUCCCCAGUUGUGGAAGGACUUUCCCUCGAGCCUUCACUUUAUGACAUUAUAUCAUACAGCUACUGCUAUGUGGGCAUUAUGACAGGUCCCUUCUUCCGUUAUCAGACAUAUGCAGACUGGCUGCAGCAGUCCAGUCCUCUGUCAUUGCCGGGUAAAGAGCCCUGCUUGCAGAGGCUGAAGAUGGUGCCUGUUUACGGAGCUCUCUUCAUAGCCGUCAACUCCGUAUUUCCUUUAUCUUAUGUCCGUACUGAUGAAUUCCUGGACCACAACUAUUUUUACAGGUUUUUGUACAUGGUGGCCGUUUUCUUUGUAUUCCGGAUGCGUUUCUACUCUGCGUGGUGUGGAGCAGAGGCUGGCUGCAUCAGUGCCGGUCUAGGCUGUUACCCCCAGGGGGCGCUGUCCAAACCUGGAGGAGGACCGACUGUGAAAUAUAGCCCUGAUCCGAACACAGCUGUGGAGUACGACUUUAAAACGAUCCAGAACAUUGACUGUUACAACACAGAUUUCUGCGUAAAGGUUCGGCACGGCAUGCGCUACUGGAACAUGACUGUGCAGUGGUGGCUUCACCACUACAUCUACCCCAACGCUCCUUUCAGAGCAUACGCUCUCAGGGCUGGAUGGACUAUGUUAAUCAGUGCUUAUUGGCAUGGCCUCCACGCCGGUUACUACCUCUCUUUUCUCACCAUCCCACUGUGUAUCGCAGCAGAAUCGGCCAUGGAGGCAUCAGUCAGAGCCCGCCUUGGGCCGACGGGCCAGAAUGUCUUCGACUGGAUCCACUGGUUCCUUAAGAUGAGGGCUUACGAUUACAUGUGCAUGGGUUUUGUUCUCCUGAAGGCCAGUGACACCGUCAGCUACUGGAGCUCCAUAUACUUCGUAAUUCACAUCAUCGCUGUUGCUUGUGUAGGAGUAGGACAAGUGAUGAAAGGAGGUAAAAAGAGAGAGAGGAGGGAACGAGGUGAAGGGGAGAAAGAGGAUGUGGUAAGAGAGAAGGCUGAGUGAAACAAAUGCGACGCAGUGAUCGGGCUGAUAACCAGAGAGUUGGUAUGUUUACAAAAAAAAAAAAAAAAAAAAAAACAUUUCCCAACACUGUAAGAGCCAUCAACUGCCAUUCAAGGUGUUUUGUUUUUUUUAAAAAACAACACAGAAAUGUGAUACAUGAUGAACCCAAGGACAUCAAUCUGUAUUUUAUUAACAAUGGCUUCAAAUGUUUUCCAUAAUUACGAUAAUUAUCAUUUAUUUUAUUACACUUUAAAAAUUGUGAGUAUUUUUUUUGCUAUCUGAUAAAAAAAAAAAAACACAGUGCAAACAGAUUUUUUCUGACCAGGGCAGUAUUGCUUAAAUUAUGUCCAUGUUGCUUUAAACAAUUGGAAAGGACAUUUGUAUUGUAUUUUAAUAGUGGUUCUCUGCACAUUUGUGACCUUGGGACUCAAAUUAACCUCCCACACAUACUUGUAACUGAAUCCAUCCAUUUACAAAAAAACAAAAAAAAACAAACAAAAAAAACUAAUGAAUGUUGGACCCAUAUCACUACUACUUUGAGCACUCUCUCUGUAAUGGUGUCAUUGAGGUAAUGCAACUUUUAUGAUAAGGUGUAUGUAUUGUCAUUAAAAGUUAGUCUGCCUUUUUCAUCCACUGUGAUGGAUUGAUGUUUUUGCCAUAUGUAUAAAUAUUAUUAUAAUUCUGCAAAGAAUGUGAAAGUGGUUGGUAACUUUUGUUUUUCACUUUUUCAGAAAGUAGGAGUGAAUGUUUCUGCUAUUUUGUUCUUCAUUCGUUUUUUUUGGUUUGAUACCACAUGAUGUGCAACUUACAAGUUUCAAUCUAAUGUUACAAAGGUUUUCUUAAAAGAGCUGAAAUGUUUUGUUUUUGCAAAAUCAAAUUAUAAUGAAUAGUUCUAUUUUAAAACAUUCAGAUUAUUUUAUCCUUGUUCACUGGAUGGUAGCAGUGGUGUUUAGUUUAUCGAUCGGUUCAGCUUCUGUUCUGGUUCCUGUAAUAUCUACCUGAUGUAUUGUAUUUCAGAUGUUUACUUUUUGGAGUAUUAAACACAAAUCUUUGAGGUUUUGUUGGGAGAAA